CCUUAUCGCCCGGAAAUGCGUGGGAACGUCUUAGUAGUACAUGAAUUGUUGAGCCACACUUCAAAGUUCAUAAAGCAGACAGUCCGUCAGUCACCACCAUAGGAAUUAAGUGGCUCCCGCAAACUCUGCAUUCCAAAUGGCUUUCACAAUUAACUUCGGAUUUUACUGCGUUCUGUUCUUUGUGUUCAUCCAAGGAUAUUACGCACGGGGCCAUGGCGAGCACAGACAACCCCACCUGUCCUUCCACCACGUCUGCGCCAUGAAGAUGGACGAGGGACCCUGCAAGGCCGCGCUCGAGAAGUUCUACUUCAACAUCGACACCGGCUACUGCGAGAGUUUUGUGUACGGAGGUUGCCAAGGCAACGAGAACAACUUCGACACCUUGGAGGAGUGUGAGGAAAUGUGCAUGAUGACCGAGGAGAAGAACCCGUGCCAUUUGCCAGACAACCCGGGGCCCUGCCGAGGUCUGGUGCCCCGCUACUUCUUCGACCGGCGGAGUCAGAAGUGCACGCGCUUCUUCUACGGAGGCUGCUACGGAAACGCCAACAACUUCAGGACGCUCAAAGAGUGCCAAGCUAAAUGCCAGCCAGAGCCAGUCGUCGUUGCGCCCAACAGGGAAGAUCCGAAACCCACUAAACACGUCCAGCAGCCUCCUGCCCCAUCCAAUGUUGUCACGGAACCUCCUUUGGAUGUUCGCGCUCACGCACCAGCAGGCGACUUGGAGGAGGCCGCCGUGGAUGAGGCGAAGGAAGCUGAUUCCUCUGAUAGUGUUGCUGCCCAAGGGCCCAAUUUGGAUCAAGUAGAACUGGUCACAGCGGCACCAGAGACCCCCACACACUCCCAGCAGCAGGUGCUGCUAGAUUCUGAAGAGAUCCCUCCAUCCUGUCUGAGUCCCGUUGACCGCGGCACCUGUGAGGGCUCCGAGAGGAGGUACGUCUACAACCCGAAGAAGAAGAGAUGCCAGCUCUUCCGCUACAGCGGCUGCGGAGGGAACAAGAACAACUUCAUACACAAACGCCACUGCAUGAAGAUGUGCAUGAAAGGUCAUGGUCACGUAAAGCUCAUUCGGAUCAAGAAAAAGAACUCCCAUCUCUUAAAUCCUGCAGAUUGAGCCAGAGGGCUGGCGACACAUGACACAAGACAGCACUACCUUUUAAUCUAGAUAACUAUUUAUGUCAGUACAUCCGGGGUCUUUUUUUUAUCCAUUUUCAUUCGGAGUCUCCUAGUCUUGCUUUGUAGCCUCAUUUAGGCAAUGUAAGAAUGAUAUAUAUAUAUAUAUAAAUUGUAUAUUCUUUUUACUCUUUGUACUUUGUAUAACACGUAUUGUUUUUUAUGGCACAUAUUAUGCACUUGACUGUAAUUUGAUACAUUUUUAUUACAUUAAAUUUUUUUCCC